GGCUCAACUGAGGCAUUUUAUUCCCACUGUGGAUUUUCCACAGAAGACGCGUUGCACGCGCCUAAUGCCAAUUAGCCAAACACUAAUGUCACUUUAUAUUGUAUAAAGCUUCCGCGUCGUUUUCAGCGGCCAUUAAUCGACUUCUAUUGGUUUUGCUGUCGCUUUUCUGCUUUUCCGUUUGGAUUUGAGAAAGGGCGUGUUUGGCUGAAUCAGGACCGGGAGUUGCAGCUCCUGUACUUGGGAGACUGGUGAGGAAUGACAGCAACUACAAUCCGCCUGAAUGGACGCAAUGGAUUAUAAGGAUCUUGGACAUCAUUUCGACGAGAAGCUGACACUGACAAAUAAAUCUCUGCCCUUGCAAGGUGACAUCCACAAUGGAGACAAGUGUUUAGGCAGCGUGUUUCUGACGCCGGACGACUCGGCCAUCACGGACCUUUCUUGCAAGACUGAGUCCUGCACCAAAGCAGAAAGCCCCACCGAGACAGAUGCCUCCUGCAAGACGGACACGUCGGUUCCGGGCGCCAGCGCCGCCAGCCCUCGGCCCAAGAAAGAUUCCAUGAACUCCGAGCAGCGGCAGAAGCUCGCCAAGCAAAGGAGGGAGGAAAGAGCCCGAUAUAUCGAAGAGCAAACGCAGUUGCAAGCGGCAAAGAAAGCCCAGUGGCUGGAGAAGGAAGAGAAGGCCCGGCGGCUGAGAGAGAGUCAGCUGGAGGACCGCAGGAAGAAGCUGGAGGAACAGCGACUGAAGGCCGAAAAACGCAGAGCUCUUCUGGAGGAGAAACAGAGACAGAAACUGGAGAAGAACAAGGAGCGAUACGAGUCAGCCAUCAAGAGGUCCACAAAAAAGACGUGGGCCGAGAUCCGCCAGCAGAGAUGGUCUUGGGCGGGUGGACUCAACCAGACUUCCCGUAGGGAAAGCAGAUGUUCGGCCUCCACGGUCAACUUGCCGAGACAGGUGGACCCUGUCAUUAACAGCAGGCUGUCCAAGUCCUCUGCCACCCUGUGGAACUCCCCCAGCAGAACCCGCAGCCUGCGUCUGAGCCCGUGGGAGAGCAAGAUCGUGGAGCGGCUCAUGACGCCUACGCUGUCCUUCCUGGCUCGCAGUCGCAGCGCCGCCACCCUCCUCAACAACAGUGACUCUUACUCUCAUCACUGCUCCCGCUCAGCUUCAGCCAGCCCGCUCAACGCCUGCUCCCACCAUCCCCACCAAAACUCCGCCGAGCGCUGGAGGCACUCCUCCGCCAGCACGCCCGACAUCACCCAGCGUCAGCGUCAACGAAACUUCACACCGGUUGACAAAAAGAAGAAAGAGAAGAAGGACAAGGAGAGAGAGAACGAGAAAGAGAAGAGCGCGCUGACAAAAGAGAGAGUACAGAAGAAGAGACAGACGGCAUCGCCCAUCACAAUUACGAGGAGAUCCAUGCCAGAGUCCAGCACCCCCAAGCCAAGAACCAGACCUCCAUCACCCGCUCCUCCCAAAAGUCGUCCCUUAUCACCUUUGGUCCCAGCGCCGGGUUCCAAGACGCCCACGGGGAAGAAGACGCCCCCUCCUGGCUCCAAAACCCGACCUAAACGGGCCCAGACGCCCGCCAGGUUGCAGGCCCAGACGGUCACCACGGUCGCCGUGGAAACCAGCCAAGAACCCAAGGUGUCGAACGCUUCAGAGGAGAAAAAGGACUCCCAUAAUGUGUCAGCUGCUACCCCAGCGUCAUCUCCUUCCCCCAACCCACCACUUGUUGAAGCCUCCCACGGGUCUGUGCCCAAAGAAGAGCUCGCCACACCAGCUGCCUCGCCCGCAGUCAACGCCGCAAGUAAUCCGACCGCGGCGCCCAGCAGGCCAUCAGCUGGCACCAACGACCCCGAGGAGGCCGCUCGCGUCCUGGCCGAAAAACGCAGGCAAGCGCGGGAGCAGCGGGAGAGGGAAGAGCAGGAGCGCCAAGAGCAAGAGCACAAGAACAGGAUCCUCCGGGAAGAGGCGAUGGCACGGGAGGCGGAAGAGCGGAAACGCCGAGAGGAGGAAGCUCGCUUCAUGGCCGAGCAGCAGCGUGUGAGGGAUGAAGCCCAGCGAGCUGAAGAUGAGAAGGAGGCCAAGGAGCGGGCCAAAGCUGAGCAAGAGGAGAACGACAGGCUGCAGAAACAGAGGGAGGAGGCCGAGGCCAAAGCGCGCGAAGAGGCCGAGCAGCAGCGCAUGGAGAGAGAAAAACACUUUCAAAAGGAAGAGCAGGAGCGACUGGAGAGAAAGAAGCGUCUCGAAGAGAUCAUGAAGAGGACUCGCAAGAGUGAUGCAGGAGAAAAAAAAGAUGUGAAGGCAUCUCCACAGGUUAAUGGAAAGGACUCAGACCUCACAAAAGGUGAAAACCUGCUGAGUCCCGCCGCCAGCGGGUCAACUCCGGUCGUGAACGGAGUGCAGCCUGACGGUCACCAGAACGGCGUGUCGGCCAACAGCGAGUUUGAUCAGAUCAUGCAACGGAACAGCGGCGCUAACCCGGCCGCUCCCCAGAGUGGACUGGUGACGGGAGGAGAGCCCUUCCUGAUGAAAACAGGGCCUAUGAAAUCUCAGCAUGUAGCAGAGGUCCUGUGAGUCCCCCAUCCAUUCAUGGGCUCGCCUUACGUCUCCGCUUCCGCAUAUUCAUGCUACAUCACAACAGCUUAUACAGAUUAGAACACAUAAAAAAAAAUGUGUGCCAAAAAAGCAACACGCCUGUGCUGACUCCAUGACAACACGUUAGGACAAAGGAAGGGGGAAAACACACGCUCAUCUAAAAGAAUGAAAAUAUACAUAUAUAAUUCAGUAUUCUCUUGUCUUCGACACAAGUUCCGCUGCAAGUUUUAUUGACAUGUCACAUGCACAUUCUUCUACAGUGCACCUUAAAGAUGACUGAAUUUUUAGAAAAUACAGUAUAAGACCUGUGGGGAUAAAAAAAAGAUUUCUUGUUUGACAAUGGUUGUUAUUAUUACCGUCGUUCUGAUAUUGUUAAGUUGAACAAUGUGCGUUUGUCGUUUUUGUCUUGAAAUGUUGAGUUAUUUAACAUGAAGAGCAGACAGUGUAUGUAAAUGUAUAAUGAGCCUGGCUGCCUAUAGGCCUCCUGUCACAGGAGAUCUGUGAAAUAAAGCUUUAUGAAAGGGAA